AUGAAGCCAACCAGAUUCUCAAGACCCACGCUUCGAUGGGACCAGUACAAGCGACAGGUUCUCUGCUGUUUGUAUCGAUUUUUUAUGUGCGACAAGAAGGAAAUCGAGGAGAUAUUCUCGUACAUGUUUAGGGGACAUCUGAACGAGCGCGGUAUCCAAGGCUUCGUUCCAUUUGCUACCCUGAACACCCAGUGGGUUUGGAUGAAGAACAAACGCGAUCCAGUAUGGUCUCAUGUGCAUGUCAACACCGCGUUUGAGACCAAUGGCGAGUGGAAGGAGAUCGUUACAGAUAUUAAAUCUGUCGCUAAAACUUUGCGGUUCCAACUCCACGAGAAGACAGAGGACGACACUAACACCUCACGCUGGGGCUCUUUGGUGUCCGAGGGUGAACAAAGUAUUGCAUCCCAUGAACCCGCCGCACCAAUGCUUCAUCACCCGUUGUCUACCCCAGAGACUCUCAACCCGAUGGUAUUGUUAUUUCCGACCCGGGAUCAUGUCUUCGGUGAAAGACCCAGAGCCAGCCAAAGAAUUGACGAAGCCAUGGACCACACCGCCACCCAGACCGUCUGCCAACAAAAUUACCCUUACAUUAACAUCCCCAAGACACUCCAUGGGUCUACCGAGCCUGUCGUCACUAGCGAUGGAAAGCUCUGCAUCUGGUGUGAUCAUGAAGGAGCAACUUACGAAUCCGAGGACGUCCAGGAACUGCAAGAUGAAGACUAUGACACCGAUAGUGGAUAUGAAGAUACUAGUCAUGCCAAUCAGCCUUCAAACCAACAAGAAAAAUCUCGUAUGAGAGAAUCCACCCAAGGAUUCAAGCGCUUUAUGGGAGAAUUAGAUGGCGAAGGGCCUUAUUCAGAUGAAGAAUUGUUGGAUUCAGAGAGAGAAGAAUACGAGAUGACACCCCAAGGGAGUCCUCCAGAAUUGCGCCCACUCUGCGGCCCACGCUUGCCCAUGCCUUCGGACCUAGAGCAAGGGACUCUAGGUUCUGGACCUUAUUCAGAUUGGUCCGCCGACCGAAGCGCGGCUAAUUUGGAUGAAUUUGGGACCCCUUCGAUCUCAAUGGAAGACCGGAGCGGCGCCCUUGAUGAUGAUCCGAUCCCCACACAAGCUACUCUGUCCAAAUUCCGUCUCACCCAGACUCGUACAGGUCACGAGAGAGUGCUGCGAUAUGAGUGGUCCUCCGAUGAUGAAACGAGGGUGGAGAACCUACGCCAAAUUUCCGUGGAAGUUCUCAGCCACAUUGAAAACCAGUCAAUCACUCACUCUUCACGUCCGGAGGUGGAUAUCUUGAUGUACGACGGCAAUGCAUGGACCCAGGUGUAG